UCUAGCAAUAUGGCGACUAUCCGGAGAGUGUACGGACUCUGGAAGCCUAUCAGUUUUUAAACGAGAAAAUAGCUACGUAACCUACGAUAAAAUGUGGUGGGGUUAGGCUAAAGGACGUGCGCCGCAACGUUUUAAAUAAUGUUUGCAGAGGCCAGUCUGUCUGUCUGGGGAUGGGGGGGUCUUGGCGUGGUGCUCUUCCUCAUCACAUUCGGACCCUUUGCAAUCUUUUAUCUGGCCUUUUACAUAGUCUGCUUCGUUGGCGGGGGCUUUGCCGUAACGCUUUUAUUUGGAAAGACAAACUCCGAGAAACACCUGGAGAGGUGCGAGCACUCCUACCUGGCCGCCACCCCAUCCGGCAUCCUGAAGACGUUGGAUGAGAUGCGUCUGGAGAUCAAGCCCAUAAAGAUUGACCGCCGGCUGACAGGGUCCAGCUUCAUAGACGAGCCUCUGCAACAGGUGAUCCAGUUUGCCCUGAGGGACUACAUUCAGUACUGGUACUACACCCUGAGCGAGGACGAGUCCUUCCUGCUGGAGAUCCGACAAACUGUGCAGAACGCUCUGGUCCAGUUCUCCACCAGAUCCAAAGAGGUGGACUGGCAGCCUUACUUCACUACGCGGCUGGUGGAUGACUUCGCUACUCACCUGCGUGUCUUCAGGAAGGCCCAGGAAAGACUCACAGAGAGGGAUGACCCUAAACAACGGGAGUCGUCUGAAGAGCUGCUGGAGUCUUUCUUCGAGGCCGAGGUGGAGAUGGAGAGGAAGAUCUGCCGCGACGUGGUCUGCACCUCACCCAAAGAUGAAGAAGGCUUCCUGCGAGACCUGUGUGAGGUGCUGCUGUAUCUGUUACUACCUCCGGGAGACUUCCACAACAAGAACAUGAGAUACUUCCUACGGGAGGUGCUGGCCAGAGGCGUUCUCCUUCCUCUGAUCAACCAGCUUAGUGACCCGGAUUAUCUCAAUCAGUUAGUCAUAUGGAUGAUCCGGGACUCCAGCUGUAACUACGAGGCCUUUAUGACCAUCCUGAAGCUGACGGACAAGAUCACCGAGCUGGAGGCCGUCAAGGACAAGGUCCUGGAGGAACUGCAGUACCUACGCUCUCUGGACACCGCCGGAGAUGACAUAAAUAUGAUCAAGAAUCAGAUCAACAGUCUAUUGUUUGUGAAAAAAGUAUGUGAAACAAGGAUACAAAGGCUGCAGUCGGGAAAGGAAGUGGAUGCCAUGAAGCUAGCGGCUAACUUUGGGAAGCUGUGCAUUAUCCCACUGGAGCACAUCCUGGUGCACAAUAUUGCGCUGCAGUUCUUUAUGGACUACAUGCAGCAGAUGGGCGCCCAGGCGGACCUGUUCUUCUGGCUGACGGUGGAGGGCUACCGGGUGACGGCCCAGCAGCAGCUGGAGGUCAUGCAGGGCUGGCAGAGGGACGGCAAGAAGCAGGGCAGCCAGACCAAAGGCCUGCUCAAGGCAGCCGCACUGGGGGUCUUCGAACAGUACCUCUCGGAUAAGGCCUCUCCCAGAGUGCAGGUAGACGAAGCCUCCAUUCUCAAGCUGGGGGAGAAACUCAACAAAGAGGAUCCCACCCCAGAGAUAUUUGACGACAUCCAGAGAAAGGUGUAUGACAAGAUGUUGAGGGACGAGCGCUACUACCCGUCCUUUAAGCAGCACCCUCUCUACGUACGCAUGCUGGCUGAGCUGGAUAUGCUCAAGGAACCCAGCUACAGGGGCUCAGAUGACGGGGACGGAGAGUCCUUCAAUGGAUCCCCAACGGGAAGCAUUAAUCUGUCGUUGGACGAUCUGACCAAUGCCACUGCCGAUGAGAUCCUGUCACUGAACGCCUACAUCUCCGACACUGCUGACGCUUUUCUAAACCACCUUCCCGUGGCAGGCGUGUGCAACGACCACGGCAAGACCUACGCGCUCUACGCCAUCACCGUCUUCCGCAAGAACGCCGACGGCAGCGAGGACACCUGGAAGACCUACCGUCGCUAUAGCGACUUCCACGACUUCCACAUGCGCAUCACAGAACAGUUUGAGAACCUCACAACCAUACUGAAGCUGCCCGGGAAGAAGACCUUCAACAAUAUGGACAGAGACUUCCUAGAGAAGAGGAAAAAGGACCUCAAUGCAUAUCUACAGCUGCUGCUAAAUCCAGAGAUGGUGAAAGCCUGCCCCAGCCUUACUCCCUACAUCUACGACUUCCUCGAGAACAAAGCCUAUAGUAAAGGCAAGGGUGACUUUGCACGUAAGAUGGACACCUUUGUGAACCCGCUGCGGAGUUCUAUGCGCAACGUGUCAAACGCGGUCAAGUCCUUCCCCGACAGCCUGGCGGAGGGCAUGAACAAGAUGUCGGACAACGUGGGCCGUAUGGGCGAGAGGCUCGGCCAGGACAUCAAGCAGGGCAUAUUCAAGAUGCCACCGUACAAUCCAAAGGCAGAUUUCGGGCCCGAGCACUGCAGAGUCUCAGCACAGCUGGACGACAAUGUGGACGACAACAUCCCUCUGCGGGUCAUGCUGCUGCUGAUGGAUGAGAUCUUCGACCUGAAGGAGCGUAACCAGUGGCUACGGCGGAACAUCAAGAACCUCCUGCAGCAACUCAUACGGGCCACCUAUGGGGAUACCAUCAACAGGAAAAUCGUGGAUCAUGUGGAUUUCAUGACGUCUCCAGAACAGGUAGCCGACUACGUCAAGAAAUUCAGGGACUCCUACUGGCCCAAUGGGAUCCUGGCUGAGAAUGCUCCCCGCAGAGACAAGAGCAUACGCAUGAGGACCAGAGUGGCCGCCAAGACCAGCCUGCUAGGAAUCAUGCCAGACGAGCUGAAGCACAUCAUCGGGGCGGAGACGACACGCAAGGGCAUCCUGCGCGUCUUCGACAUGUUCCAGCACCAGCAGCUGAACCGGCGGCUGGUCUACGUGCUGCUGGAGGGCUUCCUGGAGACCAUGUUCCCGCAGUGCAAGUUCCCCGAGCUCUUCGUCAAGCUGCACUCGCGCUCGCCGCGCACCCGCCGCUACUCGCAGAGACAGCUCAAGAGCUCCUCGCUCAAGAGGUGACGGCCCGGGCAGGCCGGAGAGGGACAGGAACAGGUGACAAUGGAGGACAAUGCACCACGUGGGUCAGACAAGCGGACAGUACUGCGGAAUGCGGCGCCAGAAGGAGGCCCCGCCCUACCAUAUCAUCGGACCCCCGCUACUGGACCUGGACCGACCACCGUGCGUCCUUCCCACCCCCGCUAGUCACUGUGACGCGUGUGCCAGUCACUAAUGAUCCACAACCACACUAACCAUACGGAGCUCUGCCACCCCGAGACCCUAAAAUUCCCAGCACACCACCAACCCUCACUGCUUUCACCCUCCCCGAGCAGUAAACCCAACCCAACACAAAGCCACUGAGGUUGGGACUGAGGCUGAGGCUGUGGCUGAGAGAGGGCCUGACUCACAAGAGUGACGGGAGAGAAGGAGGUUGGGAUGGAGGAGGGGAGAGAAAGUGGUUGUGGGUGUGUCUGUUUGGGUAUAUGAUGUGUGUGUGUGUGGGUGGGUGGCUAUGGAGAGAAGUGAGUACGGCAGAUGUUACUGGGACACAUCCAUGUGUCCCUCAGCAGCUGGCUGGCUGGGCCGGAAUUAACCGGACCGGACCAAAUACCGACCCGUCCUGUCCAGCUGCUCUGCUCUGGUCUUGGUGUCCUCUGCGUCCUCGUGAUGCUCCUGGAUCGGAGACACCGUCUCUUCCCCCCAGGUCUCUCCCCCCGUGACACCACCCAACCCUUGCGGCUGCACAGCAUAGGGCAACCUCCCCUGGUCCAUUGACAAAGUAUCACUGAGAACACUUUCAAGAAACACGUUCAAGUUCAUAUAACUCUACAUCUCUUACCACUAAGAUGCUUGGCUGACACAGACAGCAUCCUGUGUUUGUAACAUGUUUUUGUUGUUGUUGUUUAUUUUCCUUUUGUUUUUGUUUUGUUUUUUUGUCGUUUGUUUGUUGAUUUGGACAUCAAAAUUAUGGCUGCAGUUUGGGAGGCACAUGGAUCCCAGACAAAAAUCGAAUUGUUUUUUUUCCUUUUCGUAUUUUUUUCUUAUUAUUACCGUAAAUCACUAUGGUGAAUCACCCAUAGUGGACCUGCCACCCAAGAGUAGUAGUACACAAAUGCUGUACCAUUUUUAAUCACGUCUUAAGAAGAGAUAGAAUCAUGGAAAGACAAAGAGAAGAAGAGAGAGAGAGAGAGAAAGAAAGAGAAAGCUCAGUUCUCUCACCACAGUCUUCUAAAGCUUUACUCCAAGGCUUGUGAGGAUUUUAACGGUCGGCAGAGUUUUUAAAACGCACCGUAAUUCACAUUUUAUCAUAUAUAUGAACUUGUGUAUGAUAUGAAUACAAAGUGUUUAUUAACCAAAUAUAGUUGUGGCACAGAUGCAAACUGGUUUUCUGACCACAGAUGCAGCAGCACGUGCAGUUUUUCCCCCUUCUGUCUUUUGAGUGUAGGAAUGGGUAAGAAGGGGGAAGCUUGGCCUACAGGAGCAGCCUUUGCUUAAUAAGUGAUGGUCAGUGACUGUAACAACAUACUACAACUAUUUGUAUGUGUGUGUGUAUAGGUAUGCUUGCAUCUGUGAGAGGAAAGACCUUUCAAAUGUCUGUGUGACCUUCCAGAGAAAACAUCAUGGUGUGCAAGUGUGUGUGUGUGUGUUCUGGUGAUUGCAGAUAGUUGUUGAAUUCGAAAAGAAAAGAAAAAAACUGAGAAACAAACAAUAAGCAUAUUUGGAAAUAUGCUGCAAAGAAUGUACCCAACCUUUGGUGAGACUCUGUCCCGUAUAAGUUUUAUAAACUCAGCCGAACUAAAGUCCCAUCAAAAUGUCUGGGAUCAUCAUCAUCAUCAUCAUCGUGGUCGUUGUACUCACAGAUGUUUUUUUUUUUUUUGGUCUUGUUCCUUUUUUCCUGUUGAAAUCCAUGUGUAGCACUAAAACACAGGCCUCUUAGGUGUCAGAGAAAACUAAAAACUGUGCCAGUUUGAACUAGAGAAUCAGCCUUAACUCUUUAGACCAAGAGAUGGGAUGCAUCCCAAGAACAUGGUUCAGUAGUACAUAAGGUUAAGUUCACCUUUAGGGAGGGUUGGAUCAUGUAAUACAAGAGCCCAAAGGCCUCAUUUUGUUAGUUAAGUGAUGACUGUAGGGUAUUGUAGCAAAGGGGAGUAGAGUUGCCCAGCUGGGACUCGAACCCGGACCUUCUGGGAUAGUAAACUGGGGCUCUGACCGCUACACCAAACUACCCCAGAAGGUCUGGGUUUGAGUCUCAGCUGGGAAAUUCUACUCCCCUUCGCUACAGGUAUAUAUAAACAGGUUAAGCCCUUUCUGUAGGUUAACUUGGCCAGGUUGAUCACUUAACCGUGUUCUUGGAAUCCCCUCGGAGGAGACGCUAGAGAUAGCCUAGCUUCCUUAAACUGCAAAACAUGCACACGAGAUACGUGGGAGACCACACAAACAGCCCCAUGUAAUCAUACUGUUAUUCAGAGAAUAUGUCAUUCAUUUUUGUGCAAUAUUUGCUUUCUUUGAUGCAUGUGUAUUUUAAUAACUGUGUGUUGGGUGUAUGUGU